CUACAGUUAAAAUCACGUUUUUGUUUCUGUUUUUGAGCAACCGGGCAUUUUAUUACUCAGGGGUGGGUAUUCGUUUUGGCCGGUAGAGAGCAAUUCAGCAACUUUGAAAUUUCGAAUCCGCCAUUUUGACAACGACGAGUCAAAUUUUAGUUCGUUUACACGUGCGUCGUGCGAUAUCCGCUGUAAAGAUUAUCUGAAAAACAAUGUCUUCUCAGGAGGUCCACACUGUCGAAAACGAUCUGCUACCCAGAUUCGGAGUUGGCGAUAAACUACUCUGCUAUCGCGGACCGUGUCUUUUUGAAGCGAAAUGCAAAAAGGUUAGAUUCAGCGACGACCAGAACACUUACAUGUAUUUCGUACACUACUGUGGCUGGAAUAGACAUUGGGACGAGUGGCUGCCGGAAAACAAGAUAGUGCAACAUAACGAGUUCAAUCUUCGCUUGCAGAAGGAGCUGGAGAUUGAACACAAGGAUACGGGGUUCACUCAAGUCAGGAGGUCGACUCGGACCGAGAAUUGGAGAAAAAAUGAGCUCGGAGAGGGUACGAGCGGCACGUCUGCAAGAACGAGCAAAAGCUCCGAAGGAGAAAAAACGCAAAAAAAUAGCACCGCGGAACCUGGGGAACAGAUUUUCAACUUGCCCAUUGGUGAAGUCCUCGCCGACCACAUUGCAGAAGAUUGGGUUAAAAUAAAUAUGGCCAAGAAACUCGUGAAGCUUCCGGCUGAGGUGACCGUAGACAAGAUUAUCGAAUCGUACGUCGCAGAACGCGCCAAGACCCAUCAGCGCUUCGACGUGGAGAUUUUCCAGGAAACGGCCGAAGGUGUCAAGCGAUACUUUAACGUGAUGCUCGAAACCCAGAUCCUCUACGAAUCGGAGUUUCGCCAGUGUGAAAAAUUGUUCUCCGACCGCAAGGAAGUUGAGGUAAGCGGCAUUUACGGCGGCAUACACUUGGUCAGGAUGCUUACACGUCUCGGAUGGGCGAUGAGCUACUUCCCGUGGGGCAGUUCCAGCGUGAAAGUACUCGAAGGAUACAUAAACGACUUCAUACAAUACAUCUCCUCCGAGGCAGCAAACAUAUUCCAUCCUGACAACUAUAUUGAUGGACCAGAAGAAUAAUUUUUUUUAAAACCAUUUUCAUUUUGAAAUGAAUAAGUAUUAUUAUGUUUUGAAUUUUAAUAAG